UUAAGGGCUAUGGAAAGUGGGAGGAGUUAGAUCUAGAUCCCGCCCCUUGGAUCUUGUGUUCUGCAGUGAGGACCAUCUCGCGGGAACGCCUACUAGAGGUAGCUGUAGGCAUUCAGCGACAGUCACUGCUGAUGUGAACAGAUUGUUUUUAUACUGCGUGAUUAAAGUGCUUGACAAGCAGCCAAGUAAUAUGGUUAACGCUUUUAUUUUGUUCUUUGUGUGUUUGUGGCAUCUGGUUGAUGCGACAGAUGAAAUGAGGACAGUAUCAUUGACGGAGGGAGAUUCUGUCACUCUACACACUGAUGCUAAUGAGGUACAGAAAUAUAUGUUGAUACUGUGGAAAUUUGGAAGCACAAGAAUAGCUGAAGUCAGCAAGCUCACGCAAACCAACUCGACAUAUGAUGGUCCUUUGGAGAGAUUCAGAGACAGACUGAAGCUGGAUCAGACCGGAUCUCUGACCAUCACAAACACCAGAACCACAGACUCUGGACUUUAUACAGUAACAGUUAUCAGCAAAGAGACCAGUUACAUAAGUUUCAAUCUUACAGUCAAUGAAUCUCCACAAAGUACUUCAUCUUUAGAAAGAUCAUCAAGCUCCAAUUUUUUGUCAACCAGCUGCGUGGUAAAUAAUUUAACCAUUAACCGGACUGAGGAUGCCAACAUUACUGAACUAAAUCAGCCAAGUUCAGACCACAUCCACUGUUGUGGUUUUGUUGAAACAGUGAUUCGAUUGGCUCUCUCUGCUCUGGUGGGCAUAGCUACUGUUGCUUUUCUGGUUUAUGACAUCAGAUCUACAAGAAGUGAGCUGAUCAGACCAGAAGAGAUGAGACAUCACUGUCAGACUCACAGAGUAAAAUCAGACCGUCAGUAUGAAAUGAUCAGAAGUUUUAGUUCCAGAUAUGUUUGCUGAAGUUUGCUGGUAUAAUCCCAGAGAUAAAACAUGCAUUAAUAUUUCCUGUACUUGCAUUGCUAUUAAUAUAAAUUUUUUUAAUUCAUUGGCCAUUUAUUGAUUGCAUAUGCUCAGAAUAUGAUUUUGAUUGAUCUAUUAAGUGUGUUAAACACAAUUACCAUAGAAUGAUUCCAUAAGCUCAAAGUUCUCUUGCACCCUUUAAAUGGCUCUCAGGGGAAGGUGACUUUUAAUAAAAAUUUAUUUUUACAACCUAAGAGCUUUUGUUUUUCUCUGUUCUACUGUCCACUUUUAUAACCCCCUUAAACAAGAAUUCAAAUAGCAGAUUGAUUCACAGAAUUCACGUGAUACACUAGCAGCUCAGAUUGUGACUCAAAACCUUCUGUGGUCUCAAACUAACCAAACAUUUUUGGUUACCAUUGACUCCAUUGUGUGAACAACAUAAACACCAAAUUAAAAAUUAAAAAACUCAGGAUUUUCUUUGAGCCCUGAGUUUCUGAGUUGUGGGCAUAUCAGUGAGAAAACAUGGUGGAUACAAUAGACAUAUC